AGGACCAGGAGGAGGGGGAGGACCAGGAAGGGAGGGAGGAUCAGGGUGAGGAUUAGGAGGAGGGGGAGGAACAGUAGAUAGGGAGGAGGAUCAAGAGGCGUGGAGGAGCGGGAGUAGUGGGAGGAGGGAGAGGAUCAGGAGGUGGGGUGGAGAAUUAGGAUGAGAAGAAUCAGGAGGAGAGGGAGGAUCAGGGGAGGAGGGGGAGGAGAGCAGGUAGGGAGGAGCAGCAGGCACGGGAGAAGGAGAGGAGGAGAAGCAGCAGGUGGGGCAGGAGCAGUAGGUGGAGAGGAGGAUCAGAAGGAUCAGAAGGGGAGGAGGAGCAGCAGGUGGGGGAGGAGCAAUAGGUGGAGAGGAGGAGAGGGAGGAGCGGGAGGAGGGGAGGAGCGGGAGCGAUCCCGACUUCCGGGUAGGGCCGCGCACGCCGCGCCACGGGCAGCCCGCGCCCGUUCCCCUCCCCCGGCCCCGGCGUCUCCCUCCGCCUUUGAUCCGCAGCCCCACCCGCCACCAUGAACAGCUCGGACGAGGAGAAGCAGCUGCAGCUCCUCACCAGCCUGAAGGAGCAAGCAAUAGGAGAAUAUGAAGACCUCCGAGCGGAGAACCAGAAAACAAAGGAGAAGUGUGACAAAAUUAGGCAAGAACGAGAUGAAGCUGUUAAAAAACUGGAAGAGUUUCAGAAAAUUUCUCACAUGGUUAUCGAGGAAGUGAAUUUCAUGCAGAACCAUCUUGAGAUAGAGAAGACGUGCCGGGAGAGUGCUGAGGCCUUGGCGACAAAGCUAAAUAAAGAAAACAAAACACUGAAAAGAAUCAGCAUGUUAUACAUGGCCAAACUGGGACCGGAUGUAAUAACGGAGGAGAUUAACAUCGAUGACGAUGAUCCGGGCACCGACACCGACAGCGCCUCGGAGACCUGUCUGUCCGUUCAGUGUCAAAAGCAAAUCAAAGAGCUACGGGAUCAAAUUGUGUCUGUUCAGGAAGAGAAGAAGGUAUUGGCCAUUGAGCUGGAAAGUGUCAAGAGCACGCUCAUGGAGGUGAUGGAGGAGGUCAAUAAAGUUAAGCAAGAAAAAGCCACUUUAAACACGGAAGUUCUGGAGCAGAGAAGAGUCUUAGAGAAGUGCAACAGAGUGUCCAUGCUAGCCGCUGAGGAGUACGAGGAGCUGCAGGAGAACCUGGAGCUCGAGAAGGACCUCCGCAAGAAAGCAGAGUCCUUUGCACAGGAGAUGUUCAUUGAACAGAGCAAGCUGAAGAGACAAAGCCAGCUCCUGCUGCAGAGCGCCACGCCGGACCAGCAGCUGGGGAAAGCCUUGCACGAGAAUGCGACCCUCAGCCAGCAGCUGGAGGAGGAGCGGAUCCAGCAUCAGCAGAAGGUCAAGGAGCUGCAGGAGCAGCUGGAGAGCGAGGCCUUGCACAAGGAGAUGCACCACCUGAGGCAGCAGCUGGCACUCCUGGAGGAGGACAAACGUGAGCUGGAGCAGCGCUGCCAGAGCGCGGAGGAGAGGGCGCGGAACCUGAAGCACUCGGUGGAUGAACUCCAGAAGCGAGUGAACCAGUCAGAGAAUUCGGUGCCGCCCCCACCUCCUCCUCCGCCACCUCUGCCGCCCCCACCUCCCAACCCAAUCCGCUCCCUCAUGUCCAUGAUCCGGAAGCGCUCCCACCCUGGCGGCGCCAAGAAGGAGAAGACGGCGCAGCCAGAAGCUGCCGAGGAGGUCACCGACCUGAAGCGACAGGCGGUGGAGGAGAUGAUGGACAGGAUCAAGAGGGGCGUGCACCUCAGGCCGGUUAACCAGGCCAGGCCCAAGCCUGACCCAGCUCGGGGCCCCGAGAGCGCCGUGGACGAGCUGAAGGGCAUCCUGGGGACACUUAACAAAUCCACUAGCUCGAGAAGCUUAAAAUCCCUUGGCCCUGAGAACAGUGAAACUGAGUUAGAGAGGAUUUUACGUCGCAGGAAGGUGACAGCUGAAGCAGAUAGCAGUAGUCCUCCCGGGAUAUUAGCCACCUCAGAGUCCAAAUCCAUGCCUGUGUUGGGUUCUGUAUCCAGUGUAACAAAAACAGCCUUGACCAAGAAAACUCUGGAGGCAGAAUUCAACAGCCCCCCAACACCUGAGCCAGGUGAAGGGCCCCGUAAACUGGAAGGAUGCACGAAUUCCAAGGUUACUGCCCAGCCUCCCAGUAAAGGCGAAAACAGGAGAAAAUGUGUGGGCAGUGAGAAGCAAGCUGAGCCUGUUGUAGUUUUAGAUCCUGUUUCCACACAUGAACCCCAAACCAAAGACCAGGCUGCUGAAAAAGACCCGACUCAGUGCGCGGAGGAUGGAGGCGAAACGCAACCAGGAUACAAAGAAGACAGCAGUGGAAGGACGGGAGAGGCAGACAGUUCUCACUGCUGACCCGAAACUGGAGGCCGCAUGUCUGCGAGCCUUCUGAGUAAGCACACUCCCCGGUUCCCAUGGAGCUGUUGGGCACGCCUGUGUUCUGGCCACACGCUUCUUUGCUGCUUCACUUUGUAAGUAGCAAUUAUAAACAUAAGCUGUUUAGCAGAAUACAUCUUCUGGGCAGUCUUUGAUUUCUGUAGGGUAGGAAUUCUCUCGCUCCAAAUGAAGUAUGACUUCCUUGAGAAGGUGGCAGAAGCCUCAGAUCGUCUUUGCAGGGACUGUACACCACUCACCAGAUUUAGCUGAAAUUUGAAAGGUAGAAAAUUCAAGGUGGUUGCUGGUACCUCAACAGAGACCACCAAGCCUAAAACACUCUUAAAGGCACCAUUUAACCCAAGCUGUCUACGAGCAGCCGUAACACAGAGGGAGACUGAGGUAGGAGGAGCCUGUGUCUGGCCCGGUCUUCUGAGGGGGAGCCACAGAGUCAGGAAGUCGGAGUGUCUCCAUCUUGGGCAGUGGCUCAGGUCUAAGCAGAGCACAGCUGACUAGAGUGGGAUAAGUGACCCCGGGUCCGAGGCUCGCAGAGGAUGCUGUCUGGUGGCUAAACAAAGAACCGACAAGGACGUCCAACCCCCAGUUUAACAAGAACGCCUUGGUAAACCCGCGUUUUCUGUCCCAUGAGGUAACUGUUUCCCACACAUCCGCUUGGCACAGUGCCACAUUUACCCAGCUCUUAUGCAUAGUGAAGAUAAGCGACAAGCACACACCUUUUCUUUCACUUCACUGCCGUCCUGUAUCACGAGAGUCCUUUUGUUUUGUUUUGUUUUGUUUUUUAGAGGAAAUUAAGUGGAAGUUUCUAAAAAUACAGUGUUUCAGACUCCCACAGUGAAUAAACAGAAAUGUAAUCAGGGAUUUAAAAAAAACUUAUGCAGGUUUUGAAAGUUGAUUGUUUCAAAAUUGGUGUUUAUUUAAAGUAAGUGGUGCUUGAGUGCUCUUUCUGUGAUGAUGACUCGGUAAUGGUAAUUUACUAUUAAAGAAGUGAAAGGCUUAGUUUUGCUAGCAUGACUCAGCAUGUAGCUGUCAGGUGCUUCACACCUGAAGGCAAAAGAAAAUGAUAGUAACAAUUGCAGUAGUUGUGUCCUAGUGCAUGUGUGCACGCGUGCUGUAGCGUGGGCAAGGGGAGGCGGGAGGCAGGCGAGAGCACUCCUGAGGCUGGGAGACAGUUCUCUGGGUUCACGGGCUUGACUAUUUUCAUGUCCUUCAGUGCUGAUUUUAGAGUUCCCUGUCAGCUUACUCUCGGGGAAUUAAAGCGUGAUUUUUUUAAACCGUGCGUCUCCCUCACUGAAUAAUACUGCCGAUGCCAUGCUAACUGCGAGUGGAUUAAUUUGGAUGGUUCUGUUUAUGGUGUGAUUUGAACUCUCCCCAACACAACAUAUUAAAGGAGACACGCAACAGUUUCUUAUUAA